AUGAUCGUAUUUCGUCGCUUUCCUACGUGCCUUUUACAUCACAUUCGACAACCGGCAUCCAGGAGUCUUUUGUUGGAAUCACAAAGGCGAUCAUUAUCUUUUACAUCUUAUAAAUAUAACAGCAGCCACAUUGAUGAUGAUAAAAGUAAAAAAAAGCUUAAAAAUGUUUUCCAAAUGAAUAGCAAUAGAGUCAUUCGUAAGCAAAAAACAAAAGAAGAAUUGGCCAAAGAGAGGUUCGAAGAACAACUGAGGUCACCUAAUAGAUUUGUGAGGUGGGGAGCUAUUGCGAGAUCAGAAAAGUUUUCAAAGGGAAUGACCAAGUACAUGAUCGGUGCUUAUGUGAUAUUUUUAAUCUAUGGUCUCUUCUUUACCAAAAAACUGUUUGCGAAAGACAAAGAACUGGAAAGAUUGUUGAAGAAACAAGAAGAAGGGAAUGCCAAUGAAUACGAAGCAUUAAGGAUUAAAGAAUUGAAAGGAAAACUAAGGAGGAGAGAUGAAUUGAAAUUAGAAGAAUACAAAAAAAUGCAAGAAGAAGGCAUUGAAAACUUCGAUGAUAUUCGGGUACAGAAUUUUGAUCAAAACAAAUUGAAUGAACAAAUAUUGCCAGCAAGAGACACAACAAACUUUUACCAAGAAAAAGCUAACGAAUAUGAUAAGGCAAUUAAUAUGGAAGAGAGAGUAAUAUUUCUCGGUAAAAGAAGGAAAUGGUUAAUGAAACAUUGUCAAGGGGAUGUUUUGGAAGUUUCAUGCGGUACAGGAAGAAAUAUCAAGUACCUUGAUAUGUCACGCAUCAACUCUAUAACAUUCUUAGACUCUUCUGAAAAUAUGAUGGAAAUUACACAUAAAAAAUUCCGAGAAAAGUUUCCUAAGUAUAAAAAAGUUGCAUUUGUUGUUGGAAAGGCGGAAAAUCUAGUAGACUUAGCAGAGAAAGGUAAGCCCUCUCUAGAGAAUGAAAAGGAAAACCAAGUAAAAUAUGAUACUAUCGUGGAGGCGUUUGGUUUGUGUUCCCAUGAAGAUCCGGUUAAGGCACUUAAUAAUUUUGGCAAGUUAUUAAAGCCAGAUGGAAGAAUUAUUUUACUGGAACAUGGUAGAGGUCAAUACGAUUUUAUAAAUAAGAUAUUAGACAACAGAGCUGAAAGAAGACUGAAUACUUGGGGCUGUCGAUGGAAUCUCGACUUAGGCGAAGUGUUAGAUGAUUCUGACCUAGAAUUGGUGGAAGAAAAACGGACUCACUUAGGCACUACUUGGUGUAUCGUUGCAAAGAGAAAAGGUGAUGUGAAAAAGAAAGACGAGCUUGGGUUUGUAGAAAAAUACUUGCAAUCAAGUAUUAGAAAGAGAAUGGAAUCAUUCGAAAAAAAAGACGAUAUGGCAUCUAAAAAAGAACUUGAGCCAGUACCUCCUGUAAGUAAAAGUUAA